UCCGCUGGUACUUACUAGUGUCUACUUGUCAUGUCGCACUUUGUCAAGUCGUUGGCGUCGCUCAGAGUGUGGUCGACGCGCAUCUCAGCCCAUGCAACGACGCGCCAGUUGGCAACAGCCUCAGCGUCCCACAUUCCGCGCUCGCGGGUCCUCAAGCUUAAUCCUGUGGUGCUGUGGGGAGCUGCCUCCGUUCUCGGUGUCGCAUAUGCUCUGCAUCAGACCAACAAGGUGCACCUCGAAGCACCGCAGGCCGUCCAACAACAACUUGACGAGGAAAUCGAAAUCGACCCAGGGACUUCGAUUGCAUUCCCAAAGACACUGCAAAUACCCUCCAAAUUUCCCCUCCCAAAGUUCUCGCUCGUCGGAGUUGGCACGCGAACAGUAUCUUUCAUCGGGAUCAAAGUAUAUUCUGUUGGCUUUUACGCAGAUUUGAACGACCCGAAAUUGAAUGUGCCUCUCGCAGCUACCCCAGAGGAAAAGAUCGAGCAUAUCAUCCGAAAUACUGCCUGUGUCAUCCGCAUAGUACCGACCCGGAACACCUCCUACACCCACCUUCGCGACGGCUUCGUACGAGCACUCACCGGCCGGAUUCAACUUGAAAAAUCUCGCGGUGCACUCACGCCAGAAAUCGAAUUUGCCAUACAAUCACCUCUACGCAAGCUCAAGACACUCUUCCCAAACGCCGCUCUCACCAAGGGUACCCCUCUCGACAUACUAAUCACUGCACCAAGUGGGGACCAGAAACAGCCCAGAAGACUAGUGUUUAGGGACUUGGGAUCGAUCGAAAGUGAUUGGGUUUCUGAGCAGUUUCUUCUGACAUAUUUCGAAGGGAAUGGAAUCAGUCCACCGCUAAAGAAAGCUACAGCAGAGCGACUGAAGUCAUUUGAGAAAUAGCAAGUCUCUUACAAACAUAUAUGUAGUGGACGCACAUUUACUCAAUAUGUACGUCAGGC